AUGUUGGAGAAAGUCUCCGUCGGCGGCGAUUUCCCGCUACUGCAGACUCCGGGCCGGAGUUGUAAGAUUGUGGAUGUUCCGGGUUAUGGCGAUCUGAGUGAUGUGCGGAAGAGGUUCGCCGAUGAUGCUCUGAAAAAAGCAAGUCGGGUUGUCAUUCUGGUUGACUCCGUUAGAGCUGGCAAUGACGCCGAGGUGCGGAGAUAUCUCGAAAGCGGUGAUGUGAAGAGACUGCUCAUGGAGCGCACCGGCCAGACAACGAACUCAGGCGACAAGGUGUUGAUGUUCGUGGCUACAAAGUCAGAUGUGAAAUCACACAAGGAUCUGCAAGAUCAAGAUUUUUUCGAGAGUGAUUUAAACGUAUUGCGCAAGCAAAACAGCAACACAGUGCGCAAAAACGUGAGAAAGAUGCUACAGGAGAUUGAGCACUGCAGAGAUGCGCCGAUAUAUGUCGUUUCUGCAGAAAAGUAUCAAGCACUUCCGAGCGUCGGUCUGUCGCCGGACGACCCAGACGAUUACACUGCUGAAGUAACGGAAAUCCCGAGAGUAAUGGUUGAUCUUCAUGAAUCCCUUUGGAGGGAUGAACUCGCUGCGGCCAAGCGGUUUCUGGAAACGGUGGAGGCGAAAAGCAAAGACGGGGCCGACCUCAUCGAGCUUCGCAGCAUCAAACAGCCUGAGGCAAUGGCCGAUCUCAUGAAGAAGGCUGCGCAACAUAUGGCGAAAGAGGUUUCGGGAAUGCAGUGUCUCGCGGAUUUCGGUGAAGAGAUCAAUACUUUGCAGCGGAUGAUCAAAGAGGUGGCAGAGGAUGCCGACAAGACCUGCCCCGAUGUAGUCCGUGAUUGGCGCGGCCGCAGUGGCCAUCAUUUAUCCUACAGGGCGGCCUUGAUAAAGGGAGGCCGUCACUGCGGAGUCAAUGGAAGCGUCGAUUUCCACGAGGAUCUAUAUAAGCUUUUUCGCGAGGGCGUGGCCGAAGCUGGUUGGUCUUCUUUCUUCGACAAGAAGGAUGACGAGCUCGGCAAAAUGGAAGCGGAAGCGCAGCGCAAAUGGGAAGAGAUCUGCGACGGAAUUGCGAACAUCGCGCAGCAGGGCGCAAGUGCUGUCCUAGAUCUGGAAUGCAUCAAUACCGAACUAGUAAAAUACAUCGACAAGAAACGACGCGACUUUAACUCGCAAAGGGCCUUCGCAGAGGCGCGCGAUGCGCUGAUGAAAAAGCUAAAUGCUGUCCAGCUGGAACUCGGCAACCCCAAAACGCAACUAGAGGCGCAUCAUGCCCCAGAGUAUCAAAGCAUCGGUGAUAGCUGCUCUGGACUGGGUUCCACUGACCGACGCGAAUCCCUGGUCGGACGAUUGCAUCAGAAUGGGUGCCGAAUGGCCUCGCAUAACAUCCAGUCUCUUGAUCAGCUAGCACAAUUUGCAGUGGACGAGUGUAAGUCUGCUGACAGCAUUGUGGUGAAGCGCCUCCAAGAUCAUACGAUGGAAGUCUUCGGGAACAUUGACUUCGAUCGGAAAACCAGCUUAGAGGAAGCGCGCGAGGCUGUUGCAAUUCUUAGGGAUAUGGAGGCGAAAUGCCGUGAGUAUCUGGAUCGCCUCCACUGAAGUAGGACAAUAGUAGCUGUGCCGUAGACGAGGCUUUGGGUUCGAUAUACUUAUAAAUCGUUUGAAGCAGACAAAAGAUGUGAAAUAAGCUCUAUCAUGAUUCUCGAAUCUUAUUAGGAGUUCCCCACAAGAACUUGUAGCUGUAUCUAAGAUUCUCCUCCUCGUGAUAUGAUUCUUCUAUAAGAACAUGAUUGGUAGAUCUAGGUGAGUAUGGAAGUCGUACUACCGUAAGCGCCAACAUACCUCGUAAUAUAUUGAAACUUUUAUUACACUGUAAAGAUGAAAUUGAAACUGAAAAACAAGAUUUUUUUGUGGAACAGAUACAGAUACAGAUGGAGACUGCGAUGCAAAAGCAAUAGUGCAGCUUUCCGCUCCGUUCAUGUUUUACUAUCGAAGAUUCAAGAUUGUAGAUGUAGCUUUAAGAAUGGAAUGAAUAAGUUGUAGAAUCAUGAAAAACGAAAAUGGUACUACAGGAUAAUCGACCACCGACGUGUGCUAACACAUUUGCUGCUCAUUUUUACCGCUAUUUAUCAAGCUAGUAUCGUUGGGAAGAGCGAUUCUGUAUGAUUCACUUAUGCCUAUGUAGCAAUAUCACGUCCAUCCGCAUUCUAUCUUGAGAAGUGAGUAAAACCAAAUUUAGUGUGAAACCUGUACUUGUUCCUUGAAAAUGAAAAGGUGAAGAAGCAAUAUAUUGGAAACUACUCGAACCUAGUCCGAUUGAUCGAAUAAAUGAACAAUGACCCUGAUGAUGUUUAAAAAACUGUUUUAGCUCCCAAAAUAUUUUCGAG